CGGAAGUGUGGUGGCAGACGUGGCGGCGCGCGGUUCGUGUUGGUGGCGGGCCCGGGGUGUGAGGAGGAGACGCUGUGUCCUGCCUCCCGCAGGCUCGGGCCGCCCCUCGGCUCUAUAAGCGGAAUGCAGAGGCCGGGGUGGCUGCACGUUAAGCGGCUGCUGAACCUGAUGGGCCGGAGGCCUGAGCUGCUGUGCGGGGCCAUAGCGCUGAGCUGCGCUCUCAUCGUGGCGCUCAGGUUCACCUGCAGUCGAGCUAAGGAUGUCAUUAUGCCAGCAAGACUACCUGUGCACUUUUUCUCCACUCAGACAUCAGUGGUGGAUCUCUUCCUUGGCCAGCUUGACUAUGCCGAGUACCUUCGCCGGGAAUCUGAGAUAACCUUGUAUUUCCUGUAUGCUCCAUGGUGCGCACAGUCCAUUACUGCAAGGGCAGAAAUUGAGCAAGUAGCUAGUAGGCUUGCGGACCAGGUACUGUUUGUGGCUGUCAACUGCUGGUGGCACCAGGGAAAGUGCAGGAAACAAAAGAGCUUAUUCUAUUACCCUGUAAUUCACCUGUUCCAUAAGAGUUUUGGACCAAUUGAAUAUAAAGGACCACUGACGGCAGCAUAUAUUGAGAAGUUUGUUCGACGAGUGAUGAGUCCUGUUUUGUAUGUUUCUACUGUGGGUAGACUAAGGGAUUUCCUAGCUACCUAUGAGCCUGGGAUAUUGGGCUACUUUGAGUUCAAUGCGUCACCUCAACCUCCAGGCUAUUUAACUUUUUUCCGGUCUGCAUUGCACUCGUUGCAAAAAGAUUACGUUGAAACCAUUCGUUAUGGGGUGAUCACUGAUGGAAACCUUGCAAAGAAAAUCUCCCUCACCAAACCUGGAAGUGUUAUUUUGCACAGAAACCUAAAUACUUCUUUAGUAUACCCAGACAAAGAAAUGAACUUCACAGCUGCAAAUAUUUGCAAGUGGGCACUAGACAGCCGAGAGACUCUCUUGAACUGGUUGCGUCCUCAUGGUGCUAAAAGUUUACUACUGAAUAAUGAACUGAAAAAAGGUCCUGCCCUUCUCAUGUUCAUACCCUUCAACCCUUUAGCUGAAGAACAUCCACUGCUGGACGAGAUCAUGGAGGUUGCUGUAAAUUAUAACAACUGCACUGAAAACUACUUUACUGGGCCUACUUUUCAAGGAAAUCUAGAUCCUGUGUUAAAGUUCUCCAAAUCGUUUCCAUGCUGUAACACGGUUGUCCUUCCACAAUGGCACUUUUUAACCCAAGUUCACAAUGUGUGUGAGCUGUGUGUUAAUCAAACCAGGGGAGUCAUCCUGAGUCCAGUCGGCACACCCCAUUGUAACUUCCUGGACAUUGGAGCAGCCUUAGAUUCUUUCUACCUCAAAGAACAAUAUUUUCUCGGCUUUAUGUCUAGGAUUAGAGAAUGCAGCAACUUUCUAAGUACAUACAGUCCCUAUCACCACUAUACUGCAUGUUGUCAGACAGUUAAGAGAGGACUUCUUGAUGAUUUAGCUUCCAAUCAGGAGAAUGUGCCUUUUGCACUUUCUUCCCAUGGGAAGGACUCAAGCCAGAAAUAUCUAUUCGUAAUGCCUCACAUUGAGGAGAAGAGACAAGUUACUCCUGGCUAUCAUAUCAGCAAUGAGGAUAUUGCUGGCCUCAGGUGCAGGACCAACAAGACCUUAAAUAUGUAUCUUUUGGAUUCCAAUUUAUCCUGGUUGUAUGCACAGAGACUUGGAGCCUCUGGAUCUGAUCAGGAAAAGAUGUUUGCUGCUAUCAUUGAUGUGAAGGAAGAAAUCCAUUAUAUUAUAGAUCAAAGUCAGCCUCUCAUCAGGCCUACUCUAGAGGCUUUUAUCCAGAAUUACAGCAAGGUUUACAGUCCAUUGCAAAGACAUCUAGUCAGUGACCCUCCUACCAGGAAAUUCAGACACCAGCUCAUCACUGAAGUGACCUCCGGUACUUUCCAUCACAUUGUUCUGGACAUAAGAAAGGAUGUUUUGCUGCUGUUCUACACAACCUGGUGUGGCUUCUGUGCUACUUUGUCUCCUAUCUUUAUCCGCCUGGCCCAUCUACUGGCUACAGAUAGUCUCAUCAUUGCCAGGAUAAAUAUUGCUGAGAAUGAUCUCCCCUGGGAGUUUAUGGUGGACCAUGUUCCCGCUAUCAUGCUUUUUCCCAAAAAUAGGAAAGACCAAAGUGUAUUGUAUCCUGAAGAUCAGCAGAUCACCGUUUCAAACCUUUUGCAUUUUAUUUUAAAAUAUGCAACUCUUCCUUCAACAACAGCUGAUUCCCCCGCCUCAUGCCCCAAAUACUAUCUGCAAUAUAAGGAGGAUCAGGUUUCAUUUUUGGAACAAGAGAUUCAAAGGCUGAGGGCAGAAAUUAAUGUUCUACACAAGGCUCAGGAUCAGCUGGCAGAACGUCUUUCAGAAGCUAGAAAAGACACGCAGGACCUAAAGGUACAAAAGCAGAGAUUAGAGCAACACAACAAAGCUCUAGAGGUACACAAGCAACAGCUUCAGUCACUGUAUGAACAAAAAUCCAGAGAGGUCGGGAGCAUGGCUGACCAGAUGAAAGAGCUGGUGGCCGCUUCUGAGCGUCUCCUGGCAGAGAAUGCACUGCUUAAGUUUCUUAUGAUAUCGCUGGAAGCGAAUAAAAUGAAGACUGAGACAGAGAAGUGUGCUAACAAUGAGGAUGUAAAUCUGCCAAGUCCUGAUAACACAGGUAUAUCUGAAGGAAUAUCUGAUCGCUCCAACACAGAUGAUACACAGACAAGUCAAUAUAAUACAACAGACUAAUUUUUUUUUUUUUUUUUUAUAAGACAUUUGAAAUAUUUAUACUGCUUUUCUUACUGUAAAUAUAUUUUCCAGUGUAAUAUACUGAGAAUCAAUAAUUCUAUUUUUUCAGUGGCUUUUUGGUUUUAGAGUUGGUUCUAUUUAGAAUGUCAGGGUCUCUGUGCUGGGAAAAACUUACUUUUUUUUCUCCUUGGUGUGGACAUAAAUGCAAAUCAUGUUGGGCUGCAAACAUCUUGCUGAGAUGAAUAAAUAAAAUUUGUUUAAAGUGUAUUUACAUCCAACAACAAAAAUAUAAUAUAUUGCAGCUUAACUGUU